AUGUUCCUAUACAACGUUCAUACACCUCACAAGACCUUCGCUCUCGUCCAUAAAGAUGGGGAAGGCCAAGUGGGGCUGGUCAAUCGGAUAUGCAAGAAGGCUGGUUUGGGAUUCGAAGAAACCACUGCAGUCAAAGAGGGGAAGGAUGGAGCUGGAUUGAUAUAUGAGUACGAAGGGGAAAGAUGGUCACUCGAUGAUGACGACGACUUAGACAUUCUCUUCUCCAGAUUUCCUCCAUCGUCUACACCUUCUGUCACCCUUCAACUCACCCCUCCUCCGAGUAAUCUUAGAGCUCAUUUCGCACCCCCUCCUCCUGCGUACUCUACUCCAUCCAGUCUGGUCAAAUCAAAAGCUCAAUCGCAAACCAAGAAAUCAACCCAGAAAUCAUCUCCCUCUCCUAUCCCAGCAUCCUCCCUCCCCAAGUCGAGCGAUCCUGUUGAGAAGACCAUCGCGACCAUUCCCAACGGUACAGGCGCGUUGCUCUCAAAUGGCACUGGAGCAAAACCAAAUGGUGUGAUCGCACAUAAACCAAAGCUUCCAACUGGAGGAAGAACCGCAGGACGUGCAGUCUCUGUCACUUUACCCACUCGAGAAGAAACUCUGCCAGCUGCAGCGUCCGUCCCAAGGGCCAAAAGCGUCAUGUCGACGCGAAGCAGAAAGAGUAGGUGGGGUGACGAUGAUGCUGAACCUCUCGGAGUGACCAAAAAGCGAGAAUGGGAAGAAUUUCACGCCAACAAUGGUGUACGUACUGUGGUCGGGAGGGUCGCCAAUAUUGAUGGGGUUCGAAUGUUACUCAAAUCGGGAUACAGACAUGUGUACGUGUCAAGGAGUUUUGCCAUUCGUGCUGGACUGGUGGAUAGAAAGUAUGGAACGGGUUUUGGAGGUUACUCGGGAUUGAGGAUGUUGGGACAGGUACCGAUAACUGUUGGGGGAAAGACCGCAAGUCAUGUGGCUAUGAUAAGUGAAGAACAGCACUUUGAGGUAAUCUUGGGAAGAUCAUGGAUGGAAAGAAUGGGAGUGAAGGUCGACCCGCUCGAUCAUACCCUUCUUCACUACAUGGACACCGGUGAAGCCAUCCCCUGUGAUCUGGUCGUACUCAAGAACGACAAGGGCGAUGUGAUCCACAUCACCUGA